CGACGCGGCUGUUAAGAAAAGUCGCUUUGAAGGAGGCUCCGAAUCCAAGCCCGGAGCAGCGGAGGGACGCCCCUAUUCAGUGAAAAAAUAUGGAUCUUUAACAACAAAACAUAUGAAGCAUUCAUGCCAAACAAAAGAAAGCUGAGCAAGUCAUUCAAGUUGCAAAAAUUCCAAGCAAGAAAAACACAAGAAAGUUAAAUGAGAACAAUUAUCAAGAACAGACUAAACAAUGACAAAAUUAUCUUUUGUUUCUGGAGUUCCAUUGUUACAAUAAUAAAUUUCAUUGUAAUGAAAGACCAUCAAGGGACGAACAGAACAUAAGAAUCUCUAGAUAUAAUAUUAAAGAGUCAAGGGAAGGGAAGGAGGAAGCUACUUAGGCUCAAUCUCAUACUUCACUAAAACUGAAUCAACAUAUUUUAGAAUAGGAAUAACACAACGAAGUAAUGUAAAGUGGUUAAAAAGCCAGAAGACACAGAAGAGAUCUGAAACUAUAUCCCAUCCAGCCUGCAGAAAACGUAGUUUGUUCUUCCCUGGCCUAGAGUACUGGAAUGCAAUGAUUUUACUACCUGUGCUGCUUUCCUUAACUGCCAUACUGCUCCCGUCUUAUGGUGAUGCACAGAGUGUAUCCUUUGAAUCUCUAUCAACUGAACAUGAAGAAAUUCAACAUGAAAUAGUGGACAAGCACAAUGCUCUGCGAGCACAAGCCUCACCCCCUGCUGCAAACAUGCUACAGAUGGAAUGGAGCGAAGAAGCACAAAAAUCAGCCCAGAGCUGGGCAAAUAAAUGUACAUUAACACACAGUGAUGUAGCUAGCAGAACAAUUGGGAGCAUAUGUGGUGAAAAUCUCUUCAUGUCAACUGCUCCCGUCCCAUGGUCAAAAGCUGUCCAAGCUUGGUAUGAUGAGGUUGAAUAUUUUGUUUUUGGAAAAGGAUCAACUUCUAACCAAGCGGUUGGACAUUACACUCAGGUGAUGUGGUAUUCAUCUUAUAAAGUUGGAUGUGGAUGUGCUGAGUGUCCUAAUGCUUCUUACAAGUACUUUUUUGUUUGCCAUUACUGCCCUGCUGGAAAUAUUUUGCCUCGACAAAAUUCCCCUUAUGAAGUAGGAACACCAUGUGCCAAGUGCCCAAAGAACUGUUCCAACAACCUCUGCACUAAUCCUUGUGAGCACACCGAUGGUUAUUCAAACUGUUCUCAGUUGAAAAAGCAAUAUUCCUGCAGUAAUCAAAUUGUCAAGAAAAAUUGUAAGGCUUCCUGUGAAUGUACCAAUAAAAUCUAUUAAACUUCUCAUUGGAAAUUUGCUUCCAUCAAUAGGGAUAAUUGGAACACAAUAAUACCAGCAACAAUUAUUUUAAAAUUAUAACAUGCUUGUAGUGAAGCCAUAAGAUACUAUUCCUGAUUAGUUUCAGAAAUUUGUCAUUUGAUUGUGGGCAUCAGUUUCUUUUUACCAAAUCAUUUAGGGGUUUGCAUACAUCCUAUAAAUGAUUUCUUAAACUGACUCACUAAAAUUAAAAAAAAAUAAAAUGAUUGUAAAACCA